UUCAGUGUGUUUUGAGAAGACAAAAAAAAGUCAGAAAUCCUCAUCUUCUUCCUCGCGCUAACACAGUGCCUCUGCAACGAGAUAGCCGCCGUCUGCAAAUCAAGCAAGUAAGGCCUAUCGUUUUAAAGAAAAAGAAGCAGCAAUUGCAGGGGUCACAUUUCUUCUCCCCAAGCCAUUGUUUCUGGUUUGCAAGGGUCAAUUGACCCCCUUUACCCCAAUGUGGAUCCGCCACUGCACACAGCCACCCACCCACCGAUAGCCAUCUCUGCCCCAACGCACCCACCACCACAAACGACCUUACCUCCCCAAACGCCCGAUAGUCAAGCCACACUCAAACCCCAAAACUCUUUUUUUUUUUUUUUAAAAUCCCCGGAUCUAGAUUUGGUGGUUGAACAAAUAUGGGGAAAGAGAGAAAGAGAGGGUACAGAGAUCCUAGCUAUAGCUACCAGUAUAGAUGAUUGAUGUUAUUGGGUUCCUUUUACUUCUUUUGGUUAUGUUUUCGGAGGAGAAGCUAACAAAAAGCGAGGAAGAAAAUAGAAAAGGUCCUUUGAGCCUUUGCCAUUGGAGCUUCUGUGUUGGAUUUUUACGCCAAUUAAUCUUUUCAACAUCUAGAUUCCGCCGCACCCACCGCCGCGCCGUCGCCGAGUUUGGGUCCUCAUCUCCACUCGGUUUAAUUCCUUACCAGUACGGUAUAUGGGUUUCCUUCAAUCUCAAUGACCGGAACCUUGCUCGGCCAUUUAUUGCAACAGAUAAUCAAAGAUGCCCCGUAAACCGGUGAGGCAUCGGCGAUUGAUGAAGUAUCAACCUCUGACUUUUUCCCCAUUUGCUCGUCAAGUCGCUCGGGUUGCCUCCAGCUGCAUGUCCAACCGCCAAAUGCACAGGCCAGACCUCCAGAAAAAAUCUCAACCUAACUCCGCAGGUAAUGGAUCGAGAAAGAAUACUUUGAAAGUCAAGAAUGAACACUCCGAGUCUUCUGAUGAAGAAGAGUUUGAUGGAACUGUGCAAGCAGAUUUUGCUUUCUUUGAUCCAAAACCUGAUGACUUUCAUGGAGUGAAGACCUUGCUACAGACCUACCUUGAUGAUAUAGAAUGGGAUUUGAGUGGUUUUGUAGACUUAAUUUUGGAACAGACCACUGUAGGAACUGUUGUUAAAAUAGAGGAUGAUGAAGACAAUGGAAUUUUUGCUCUUGCUACUGCCCUUAACUUGGGCAGAUAUAAGGACCACAAAUGUUUUAUGGAGGUUAAGGAGUUUCUCGUUAAGGUAUCUCAAGAGAAGGAUGUAAUAGAUGACCUGCGAUCACUUUUGGGAAAGGAAGCAGAGAGUGUCGGUCUCUUGGUCUCUCAACGGGUGAUGAAUUUACCUCCACAGCUCUGGCCACCUCUUUAUGAUGCGCUCUUUGAUGAAGUCUCUUGGGCUACAGAAGAUGAGCCAACAGAGGAGCUCUGCAAUUUCUUUCGUUUUAAGUUUUAUAUAAUAGUCAGUAAAGUUUACAAGCACAAAAAUGCACACCAGAAAAAGGGCAUGAGUACUAGUGACGAGGAAAUAAUAUAUAUAAAGCCAGAAGAUGAAAUUUUUCAUGAGCUAAGCUCCUGGUCGUUUGAAUUUUCUUUGCACACUCAGCAGCUUGCAACUCAUGAGCUGAGAGACUAUCAGCAAAUGGGGUUAGUCAUGGCGGUUAAAGCAGACAAGAUCCCUGCAUUUCGACAGCAGUUAAAAUCUUUCGUAGAGAGAUCAUGAUGCUAAUCGAAAGGAGUUGCAGGUGCCAAAUUUUGAUUUAUAUUUGAAGGCAUGAGGACAUUCACAUGGUGAAGGUUUUGGAAGCGCUCGUUGGUCCCAAAUGGUCCCUCAAAAGAUUCAUCGAAACAGCAGAGCUAGGAAAGGUACAGAAAUAUUGUAUUGAGAAACGUGUCAUGGACCAUCAUAAGCUAUUAUCUCCCAGAUUCUAUAUGAACCAGAAAGGAAAAUAGAGAGAGUUUGAAACCAUCCAAAAGAAGUGGAACUUUACGUAUGAGGCCAAAGAAGAGCACCAUUAUCUUAUAAUAUUUGUGAUUUUAAAUUUUGUGUGGCGAUAAGAACAAUAUACAUGGAAUAUUUGCUUCAACUUGUUUGCACACAGAUAUCACAUAAUUACAUACACAAUGUA